AUGUCUAUUAGGUCGCCCGAGCUGGACCCAGACAGGGCGUUGUUGAAUACCGACCUGCACAGGAUCAUGAUGCAAGUACGCACUCAUUACUCGCACAUUGGAAUGUCGUUGGCCCGCGGUGAGGGCAACCUUUCCCCCCUAAAUUUCACGACUGGUGUUAUUUUCAACGCCAGCGGGCACGAGCUGGACGGAGAUGACUCGCCGCACUUUUUGACAGGUUCUAUAAUCUUGCACGAACCAUGA